GUGCCUCCCGUGGAAAGUGCCCCCCCCAUCCCUUGGAGCAACUGCAGCCCCAACGCAACAGCAGGGGGGCGGGUAGAGGAAGAGGAGAGUGGCGAAGAAGAGAGAGUCGGUCCUCCAGCCCUUGAGAGCUGCUCCCUACGAAACAUGCCUCGUGGCAAAAGCUGUGGGAGUCCCAGAGCUGGCCUGGUUUACUCCUCUUCCAUUAGGGGCUGCACCAUGGCCUCAGAGGCACCGUCCGGAUUGUCUCUUCUCUGGGAUAGAGUGGAAAGAGCAGCUGGGCAGCCCCAUGAGCAUCUGUUGCCCUUCCAGGAUCUGGUGACCUUUGAGGAGGUGGCCGUGUAUUUCACGGAGGAGGAAUGGGCCCUGCUGGAUCCUGGCCAAAGAGCUCUGCACAGGGAAGUCAUGGAGGAGAAUUAUGAGACGGUGGCCUCUCUGGGAUACAUCUGGGGGGUCAAGGCUGAGGGAGAACCAUCCGAAGUAUCACUGGGAAAAGCUGAGGAGCAGGUGCAGGAGCAGAAACUGAGGAGGCAAGAUAGAGCAAAGAGACAAGAGGAGAGACAAACUCACACAGGGGACAAACCCCAUAAAUGCUUGGAGUGUGGAAAGAGCUUCAGUCAGAGUGGCACCCUUACUUUGCAUCAAAGAACUCACACAGGGGACAAACCUUAUAAAUGCUUGGAGUGUGGAAAGAGCUUCAGCUGGAGUAGCUCCCUUAGGGAGCAUCAAAGAACUCACACAGGGGAUAAACCUUAUACAUGCUUGGAGUGUGGAAAGAGCUUCAGUUGGAGUAGCACCCUUAGUACACAUGAAAGAACUCACACAGGGGACAAACCCCAUAAAUGCUUGGAGUGUGGAAAGAGCUUCAGUCACAGUGGCACCCUUACUUCGCAUCAAAGAACUCACACAGGGGACAAACCUUAUAAAUGCUUGGAGUGUGGAAAGAGCUUCUGUCAGAGUGGCACCCUUACUUCGCAUCAAAGAACUCACACAGGGGACAAACCCCAUAAAUGCUUGGAGUGUGGAAAGAGCUUCAGUCAGAGUGGCACCCUUACUUCGCAUCAAAGAACUCACACAGGGGACAAACCUUAUAAAUGUUUCGAGUGUGGAAAGAGCUUUAAGUGGAGUAGUGCCCUUAUGGUACAUCAGAGUACUCACACAGGGGACAAGCCUUAUACAUGCUUGGAGUGUGGAAAGAGCUUCAGUCAGAGUGGCACCCUUACUUCGCAUCAAAGAACUCACACAGGGGACAAACUUUAUAAAUGCUUGGAGUGUAGAAAGAGCUUCAGCUGGAGUAGCGCCCUUACGGUGCAUUCAAGAACUCACACAGGGGACAAACCUUAUAAAUGCUUGGAGUGUGGAAAGACCUUCAAUCAGAAUAGCCACCUUACUUUGCACCAAAGAACUCACACAGGGGACAAACCUUAUACAUGCUUGGAGUGUGGAAAGAGCUUCAGUUGGAGUAGCACCCUUAGUACACAUGAAAGAACUCAUACAGGGGACAAAGCUUAUAAAUGCUUGAAGUGUGGAAAGACCUUCAGUCAGAGUGGCACCCUUACUUUGCAUCAAAGAACUCACACAGGGGACAAACCUUAUAAAUGCUUGGAGUGUGGAAAGAGCUUCAGCUGGAGUAGCGCCCUUAGAGUGCAUCAAAGAACUCACACAGGGGACAAACCUUAUAAAUGCUUGGAGUGUGGAAAGACCUUCAAUCAGAAUAGCCACCUUACUUCGCAUCAAAGAACUCACACAGGGAACAAACCUUAUAAAUGCUUGGAGUGUGGAAAGACCUUCAAUCAGAAUAGCCACCUUACUUUGCAUCACAGAACUCACACAGGGGACAAACCUUAUACAUGCUUGGAGUGUGAAAAGAGCUUCAGUCACAGUGGCAACCUUACUUUGCAUCAAAGAACUCACACAGGGGACAAACCUUAUACAUGCUUGGGGUGUGGAAAGAGCUUCAGUCACAGUAGCCACCUUACUUUGCAUCAAAGAACUCACACAGGAGACAAACCUUAUAAAUGUUUAGAGUGUGGAAAGAGCUUCAGUCACAGUGGCAACCUUACUCUUCAUCAAAGAACUCACACAGGGGACAAACCUUAUAAAUGCUUGGAGUGUGGAAAGAGCUUCAGUCAGAGUGAAACCCUUACUUCGCAUCAAAGAACUCACACAGGAGACAAACCUUAGUUAGUUUAUUUAUUUUGCGGUCAUUGACCCGUCUUGUUAUAAGCAUAAAAUACAUGGGGUAAGAUAAAACGACAGUAUUAUCUUGGAUAUAUACAUAAAUAAAAAUAUAGAGGAAUUUAACCUAGGUAAUCUUAA